CGACUCCAUGCUACGUUACCACAUCAAUGUAUUGAUCAUCAUCAUCAUCAUCGAGUAACACCAAAACCUGCCUCUUGAUCAUAACAUCCUCCACAAUCACAUCAUCACUACAUUUGUUGAUCCUAUCUAUCUAUCAACAAUGUCUACAAACACUGAUCAUCAGCCUGCUGCAGAACUCCACACGAAACAGAAACACGAUCCACAUGAACCACAACACGCUUCCAUCCCACCCUCACCGGAAAACAAUGCCCCUCGCUCUCCCAUUCGCAGUCCUAAGGCUGUUGUUGAAUCGGAUCACAAACAACCCAUUUUUAUUGGCCUACGUAAAGACGAUGGUAGACCAACUGUCACAAUGAAAGAAUUGCUCAGUGCUUUGGAGAAUGGAUCCACCAAUAGCAAUGAUAAUUCUCCAUCCUCUGUCGUUUCUACGCCUUCUCGUAGUCAAGAAAGCAAACAAUAUAAAGAACAAAACAGCGUUAUCAUGGCCUUGAUCGAUACUAUCAUAAGUUCUGACGACGUGCGAUCAAGGCAACGAAUGCUCAAAUUUGCUGCAAAGAGGUAUGCAAGUGCUAUUGAGAGCAAUCCGGAUGAUUACGAUGCACUUUAUAAUUGGGCACUUGUUCUUCAGGAAUGUGCAGAUAAUGUUAAUUCGAGUGCUAAUUCGCAUACUAAAGAUGCAUUGCUCGAAGAGGCUUGCAAAAAGUACGAUGAGGCUACCCAAUUAAACCCUGCACUGCAUGACGCGUAUUAUAACUGGGCUAUUGCCAUAGCAGAUCGAGCCAAACUGCAUGGUCGUACAAAGGAAGCUGAAGCGUUAUGGAAGCAGGCAACAAAGAGUUACGAAAAAGCCGUUCAACUAAAUUGGAAUAGUCCUCAGGCUCUCAACAACUGGGGACUUGCUUUACAGGAACUGAGUGCAAUUGUCACUGCACGAGAAAAACAGACGAUAGUAAAAACCGCAAUCAGUAAGUUUCGUGCAGCAAUACGGUUGCAGUUUGAUUUCCAUCGAGCAAUUUACAACCUCGGCACUGUUCUGUACGGAUUAGCAGAAGACACAUCAAGAACCGGAGUGCUAGUAAUCGGAAACGAGAUUUCCUCCAAUGAAUUAUACAGUCAAUCUGCUAUCUAUGUUGCUGCUGCUCAUGCGUUGAAACCAAAUUACUCGGUUUACACUAGUGCGUUAAAGCUUGUGCGGUCUAUGCUUCCUUUACCGUAUCUAAAAGUCGGAUAUCUUACGGUGCCGCCAGUGGAAAAUCCAGUUGCUCCGCAUUGUGAUUGGAAACGGUUUAAAUUUGUUUUGAACCAUGAAGGACUCGAGCAGAUCCAUGAUGAUGAAGAAAAAACUAAUGACAGACCAGCUAUCAGAGUCGAUAUUCAGGAUAUUGUAUCGGUAAAAGUAUGCUCGGAUUUGACCUUACCACCUGGUCCUUCCAUCAUCAUCGAUACAAUUAACGGACAAAUCUUUUUGAUUGCAGAUUCAUGGGAAUACUUGGACUCAUGGCUUGAUGCUCUACGACUAGUUUACACGAUAUUUGCACGGGGUAAAACCGAUGUUCUAGCGGGCAUAAUAACCGGAUAGUUUGUUCAAGUUGAAACCACUGAUAUCAUGAAAUAUAUUGAUAUUGAGAGCAACCAAAUCUGUUACUAACACAGAAACUAUAACUGGCUAUACCAUUUCUUCUUUGAGUUC